AUGUCCGCACCUGAGAAAGGCCACCAGCCCGACGACAAGGACCCCAACGGGUCUGUUACCGAGGUCGAUAUUUCAGAAGUCACGACCGUCCCCGUCGAGCGCAUCGAGGAAGCGGCCGGUUUCCACGAGGCGGCGCGCCUAGCCAUCGAGCGCGAACAUGCCCUCUCCUUCCGCACCGCGCUCCGCCUCUACCCCGGCGCUUUCUGGUGGGCCGUCGCCAUCUCUUUCACAAUUGUCAUGGAGGGCUACGACACAUACCUGCUCGGCAACUUCUUCGCAUACCCGCAGUUCGAGAAGAAGUACGGCACGUACCACCCAGACAUGGACCGGUGGAUCGUGGCACCCAAAUGGCAGGUGGCGCUCACGGACGUGAGCCAGGCAGGUAACAUUGUCGGCCUGCUGCUCAUGGGCACUCUCACGGACCGGUUUGGGCACCGCAUGGUCAUCCAAGGCGGCCUGGUCAGCAUCGCCUGCUUCAACCUUGUCACCUUCUUCGCGCCCAACGUCAAAGUCCUGACUGUCGCCAUGGCGCUGGCGGGCAUCCCACAGGGCAUCUUUGGCAUCUUGGGCUCGGCCUACGCGUCCGAGGUCGCACCCCUAGCGCUUCGCGGCUUUCUCACAUCGUUUGUCAACAUUUGCUGGAUCAUCGGACAGCUCGUGGCCGGCGGCGUGCUCAACGGCCUCGUUGACAACCCCACCGAGUGGUCCUUCCGCAUCCCCUUUGCGAUCCAGUGGGUAUGGCCCAUCCCCAUCUUUGCUUUGGCGUACUUUGCGCCCGACUCGCCGUGGUGGUGCAUCCGCAAGGGCAACCUUGCUGAGGCGGAGAAGUCGCUCCAGCGCCUGUCCUCUGGCUCGACUACUGCCGAGAUCCGUGGCACCCUGGCCAUGAUGGUCCACACCGACAAGAUUGAGACGGCCAUGAAGACCGAGACCAGCAUCUGGGACUGCUUCAAGGGCACCAACCGCCGCCGCACGGAGAUUGCCUGCAUGGUCCUCGCUGCCCAGUCACUGUCCGGCCAGCCCUUUGCGUACGGCUCCACAUACUUUUUCACCCAGGCCGGCCUCAGCCCCUCCAACUCGUACAAGCUGAACUUUGGGGCCUCCGCCGUCGCCUUCGUGGCCACGUGUGGCUCGUGGAUCCUCAUGAUCUGGUGCGGCCGCCGUCCCCUCAUCCUCUACGGCCUGAUUGCCAUGACGUCCUGCCUCCUGCUCAUCGGCAUCCUCGCCUUUGUCAACACCCAGGCGGCCAUCUGGACCCAGGCAGCCCUCACCGUCAUCUGGCUCGGGCUGUACUCCCUCACACUCGGCCCGCAGUCAUUCGGCCUCGCGGCAGAGGUCUCGGCGACCAGGCUGCGUUCCGCGACCGUCGCCCUCGCCCGUAUGGCCUACAUGAUUGUCAGCCUUGUCGGCAAUACUGUCGAGCCGUACCUCAUCAACCCCACCGCUGCCAACCUCAAGGGCAAGACGGCGUUUGUAUGGUUCGGCGUGUCGGUUCUGACAAUCAUCUGGUGUGCUUUCCGCAUGCCCGAGACCAAGGGCAUCACGUACGCCGAGCUGGACAUUCUCUUCGAGAAGCACACCCCGGCCUGGAGGUUCAAGAAAGCCCGCGUGGACAUCAUCGACGACGACGAGGUUCACCAGGCCAGCGUGUAA